CGCUUUGCUCGUGCACACCUGUGUAUAUGGGUGCGUGAAUGCUGUAUGUUUGUGUGUAUGCGUGUGUAAUGUGUGCUACAUCAGAUUGUGCUACGCCGGCCGCGGUCUCGCAUCCAUCUUGCCCCAGGUGACACUUUUGGCAAGCCUGUCUACCUGCCUGCCUGGCUGCACGCCUCCCCACCUCUCUGCCUGCCUGUCCCACAUUUGACAGUUGUGAGUGUCGUCCGCGAGUCCACGAUCCGGCACAGGCAGUGGCUUUCUUCUCUGAGGCUGUGUGUGUGCCCCAUGAGCCGAAUGCCUACGACCUCAUCUUUUUCACGGUCACGUACUUCAUCAGCAGCAACGCCAGCAACAUAGAAACACAGACCCGACCGACAGACGGAUAGACCUAGUCAGCAGCUAUAGCUGGCCUGCAGGCGUUGCGUUUCAAAGGGGCGCUCGUGGCGUAGUGGUGGUCGUCGUCGUCGUCGUAGUAGUGCUUGUAUUGGUCUCCUCGUCUCGCUGGUUGAGGAGGUGUCAUCGUGUCGCCGUCGUCGUGGUCCUUCGCAACGGUCGUCGUCGCACGUCAAAUAGGUACAGCGCAGCAGCAGCAGCAGCAACAGCCAGCACUCAGAGCGUGUGUACGUGUAGUGGAGGCGUGUAGUGCAAACAAGCUCUCAGGUGAUGAUCGGUUUCGGUUUCGCGAUUCGGCGCUGACUUUGCCGCGAAAGGCUGAUGAGCAAUAGCAACAGCAGCAGCAACAAAAGCAGCACCACAGCAAAAGGCAAACCACCAGAGGAACGAAAACAAUCGCGUGAGUUCACCACUAAGGCACGAGGCCGAGCAGCUGAUGGAAACGAAGAAGAAGAAGAAGAAGAAGCCAAUCGUUGAAAAAGUGUGCGCGGUAGCGAUCGCGCUGAUCGCAAGCCAGCCAGCCCAGCUAUAGUCAGCCAGCAGAGGGACACCUGUUUGUUCCCCCGGGGCCAAACUAGUGCCCGAAUAAGUGUGUGUUUGUGUGUGUAGUUUGAGUGCAUUGUACGUGCGUUUGGUUUGUGCUGUGGCCAAGGCCCAGUUGCAUCUGUAUGGAGGUGGAGGGGGGAAUGAAGAGUUCUGUUUGUUUUCCCCCUUGAUCCCACCCCGCCCUUGCGAUCAAACUCUGCGCCGAUGCUUCGCGAUCACACCGGAGGAAUUACGGACGGAUCACCGAUCGAGCCCGAAGGCGCACAAACCUGGUGUCACCUGCGUGUGCCUUGUGCGCGGGGCGCUGGCGUAGCGUAGGCCAUCUGCGGCGGUGGUGUGCCUUUUGCCUUGAUUUGCAAUGCGCUAUUCAAGGAGCAACGUCAAUGCGUCCGUCUACUGCUGCUUCUGCUUGUGUUCGGUGUCUAUGCUGCUGCUGCUGCUGCUGCCCCUGUCUGUGCCAGCAGCCCUGGCCCAGACAGGCACUGGCAGUGGCAGUGGCAAUAACAAGGUGAUACAGCCGGAACUUCGACCGCAAUCCCACCAUCAACCGUCCGGCGCCAACAGCUAUCAACCGGCGACGAAUACGAUGGCGGGAAUGGAUGCGCCAUCUCAACAUCAUCAACCACAACAGCAGCAGCAGCAGCAUCUUAAAGACGGCACAGCAUCGUCCUACCAGGCGAAACAGCGCCAAACGCAGCCACAGUAUCCGCAACAUCAGCAUCCGUCCCCGCAGUCGUCGUCGGUGACCACUGGCGGCGCGCACCCGCACGAACGGUCCAGGCAGGCACUGGCGGCAGCAUCCGACAGCAGUAGCCUGCAGCCGGUCUCCGCUAGCAGGGGUCAGCAGCAGUACCAGCAUUCCUCCUCUUCGUCCUCGACGACGUCAUCCUCUUCCUCUUCCCAGCCUUCCUCCCCUUCCAGCUCUUCCAGCGGCCGGUCGGUCGAAACGCGCAACUCGUACGCGGUCCUCAGCCAGGCGAUGUCCCAGGCGGUGCAUCACGAAUUCGAUUUUCUCUUCCUGAUUUCAGGAACGUAUGGCAGCGGCUCGGCGGCCACGGCCGAUGGUGGCGGUGCGGUCGGAGCGGGCGCCUGCACGAUAGAUGACAUCGACUGUCUGGCCCACCACGAUCAGCUGGGCAUGGAGGCGAUACGCUCCCUGCACCGGCAGCUCGAUGACGAUGACAAUGGUGAUAUCGACCUUUCCGAAUCAGACGACUUUCUGCGCGAGGAGCUGAAGUAUGAUUCCGGCUACGAGAAGCGCCACAAGGCGUUCCACUUCAACGACGACAUGCACAUCUCGGUGAAGGAGUUGUGGGAGGCAUGGUUGCGAUCAGAGGUGCACAACUGGACAGUUGACCAGACAACUGAGUGGCUGGCGCAGAGCGUGCAGCUGCCCCAGUACGUGCAUCUGUUUCGGUUGCACAAAGUGACUGGCAAAGUGUUGCCGCGGUUGGCAGUGAACAACAUGCACUACGUGAGCAACGUGCUAGGUAUUAAGGAUCCAAUUCACAAGCAGAAGAUCGCCCUUAAAGCUAUGGAUGCGGUCCUGUUUGGUCCUCCG